CCGAGCCCUCACCCGCCGGCCGGCCCCUCUGGGAUGUCCGAGGGACCCAGGCAUCCAGGACGGUGACCGAGCGAGCCCGAGGAUGGGACGGCGCCUGCAGCUCCGGCUCGUCAAGGCCCUUCUCCUCCUGGGGCUGCACUCCAUCUCCGCCUCCCUCCAGGACCAGCACUGCGAGAGCCUAUCCCUGGCCGGCAACAUCUCUGGACUGCAGUGCAACGCAUCCGUGGACCUCAUUGGCACCUGCUGGCCCCAGAGCCCCGCAGGGCAGCUGGUUGUUCGACCCUGCCCUGCCUAUUUCUACGGUGUCCGCUACAACACUACAAACAACGGCUACCGGGAGUGCCUGGCCAAUGGCACCUGGGCCGCCCGCGUGAACUACUCGGAAUGCCAGGAGAUCCUUAGCGAGGAGAAGAAGAGCAAAGUACACUACCACGUUGCCGUCAUCAUCAACUACCUGGGCCACUGCAUCUCCCUGGUAGCCCUCCUGGUGGCCUUUGUCCUAUUUCUGCGGCUCAGGAGCAUCCGGUGCCUGAGAAACACCAUCCACUGGAACCUCAUCUCGGCCUUCAUCCUGCGGAAUGCCACGUGGUUCGUGGUCCAGCUCACCAUGAGCCCGGAAGUCCACCAGAGCAACGUGGGCUGGUGCAGGCUGGUGACAGCCGCCUACAACUACUUCCACGUGACCAACUUCUUCUGGAUGUUUGGCGAGGGCUGCUACCUGCACACAGCCAUCGUGCUGACGUACUCCACCGACCGGCUGCGCAAGUGGAUGUUCAUCUGCAUCGGCUGGGGUGUGCCUUUCCCCAUCAUCGUGGCCUGGGCCAUUGGGAAGCUGUACUACGACAAUGAGAAGUGCUGGUUUGGCAAAAGGCCUGGGGUGUACACGGACUACAUCUACCAGGGCCCCAUGAUCUUGGUCCUGCUGAUCAAUUUCAUCUUCCUUUUCAACAUCGUCCGCAUCCUCAUGACGAAACUCCGGGCAUCCACCACGUCUGAGACCAUCCAGUACAGGAAGGCUGUGAAGGCCACCCUGGUGCUGCUACCCCUCCUGGGCAUCACGUACAUGCUGUUCUUCGUGAACCCCGGGGAGGACGAGGUCUCCCGGGUCGUCUUCAUCUACUUCAACUCCUUCCUGGAAUCCUUCCAGGGUUUCUUCGUGUCUGUGUUCUACUGCUUCCUCAACAGCGAGGUCCGCUCUGCCAUCCGGAAGAGGUGGCACCGAUGGCAGGACAAGCACUCGAUCCGCGCCCGCGUGGCCCGCGCCAUGUCCAUCCCCACCUCCCCCACCCGUGUCAGCUUUCACAGCAUCAAGCAGUCCACAGCAGUCUGAGCUGGAGGGCCGUGGAGUGGCCCCCAAGAUCCACGGCUGGGGAGAUGGUCGCCGGGCUCAGCUGGCCGCCCUGUCUGUGGAGGGGACCAGCUCUCUCCCACACCCUGUGCCCCAGGAGUAGCUGGCUGGCACUGAGAGCCCGGGAGGCCCCUCCCGCACCCCCAGCUGAGCAGCAGUUCCAGGCCUCUGAGAGCAGUCUGAGCCACGGGAUGAAUGGAAGAUAAUCUAUAGGCCUGCGCUGGGCCCAGGGCCUCUGGCUCCCCUUUGCCCCAAGAAUGGAACAGAAACGGAGUGGAGAUGGAGAGCAGGGAAUCCAAAGCAGCAUGCGGGUCCCUCCAAGAGGUGUUUGCGUCCAGAGCACAAGAUGGCAGCCCAUUGGAGACCCCGGGAUGUCCUCAGCGACUGUGCGGGGCCAUCCACUCCUCCAGGAGCAUCAUGGGAAACUCUUGUGACAGCGUUCAAGCCACCGUGAUGAUGCCUCCAGGCCUUAGCAGUGCUUUCCAACACCACUGGGAACCAAGGCCAUGUUGUCAGAAGCCCUGCAGACAUUGUUAGAAAUCAGGUGGCAUCAGACAUCAGGCCACGUCACCGAAACCCUCCCAAGCCACCGGAAAUUCAUGUGGCACUGCCACCAGAAAUGCCCUGCCUCGCUGCCUUGUACCCUUGGACCUUUACUACCCCACAGCCCACAUGGGUUCCCCCUCCUUAACCUCCUGCCCCAGGUGUCUCCCCCUUCGUGAGAUGACGGGGAGGUGGGAGGGUGACAGAGUGUCCUUGAGCAAAAGCCAGUGUGUGCCCCAGCCAAAGCCAGCCUCCCUUUGAGGGGCAGAGAAUACUGGGGGCCA